AUUGAAUUGAAUUAAAGUUAAUAAAAGUUUUGAAUGUUUUAAAUGUAAUUCAAUAUAACUAUUAUUUGACGAUAAGAGCAGUGAUUGUAAUGAAUGUGUGUUUUAGAGGCAAAAGUUGUGCCAAAAUAUUAAUUUCAUGUUUGGUCUUGACUUUGAUCCUCACGUUUUGGAUUGCAUUACAUUUGUCUCCAAUCAUAACAAACGGCUUAAGUGUCAACACAUCCGACUGCAAGUGCUCUUCGGGCGAAUCCAAUGAUCACCAAAAACACGUCAAAGUCAUGUCAUCGAUGGACACGUCUGUCCACAGACUGGCAGUUGUGGUGCCCUUCAGAGACCGUUUCGACGAGUUGUUGACAUUUGUUCCGCAUAUGAAUGCAUUCCUGAAGAGACAGGGAAUCGAUUACAAGAUAUAUGUCAUCAAUCAGAAGGAUGUCUACCGUUUCAAUAGGGCUUCCCUUAUAAACGUGGGUUUCCUUAUAUCGCGUCCGGAAUGCGAUUACAUGGCUAUGCAUGACAUCGACCUCUUGCCUCUCAACCCCAACCUCUCCUAUCGGUUCCCAUCCGACGGUCCGUUUCACGUGUCGGCACCUAAUCUGCACCCGAAAUACCACUACAAGACAUUCGUCGGCGGAAUACUUGUUAUAAGUGGCCAACACUUUGAGAGAGUCAACGGAAUGUCAAAUAACUACUGGGGAUGGGGUCUCGAGGACGAUGAAUUCUAUGUCCGACUCAAAGAAGCAAAUCUUGUCGUCUCAAGACCUGAAGACAUUACCACAGGAAUUAACGAUACGUUUAGUCAUAUCCAUAAUCCCAGCCGUAAGAGAGACACCGUUCGUCUCUUCAACCAAAAAGAGAUAACUCGUAAAAGGGAUCGAAAGACAGGUCUGAAUUCAGUGCAAUUCCGAUUGAAAAGUGUUAACGAGUUAACGAUAGACUCUUCGCCGGUCACCGUAUAUAAUGUGCAAUUAAUUUGCGACCAAUCAGUCACUCCGUGGUGUCAGAGCCGACCGACAGCCGCUGCCAACAAUUCCGAU